GCCCCCGCCACCGUCAGCGUCGAUGGUACAUGGCAGCCUACGCCGCCAACCCAGGCGAGUUCACCUUUGGUGAACGGCUCGGCCUCGUCUUCAUCGUCGAGACCGCUUGCCUCUCUGCCGCCGCCGUAUGCGCCCUUUUGGCAUACAUCGCAUAUGGCGCCGUCAAGAUCAUUCCUGGCUCUUCGCGCAAGUGGAGGACCGGCACACAUGUACAUUUCUAUUUCCUUAGUCUCCUCGUCUCCGACCUCAUACAAGCCAUCGGAGGUAUCAUGGACAUCCGAUGGAUUGUAAAGUCGAACGUCGAGGGUGGCUCUUUCUGCACCGCCCAGGGCGCCUUGAAACAGAUUGGGGACGUUGGCGUCGCCUUAGCAUCAAUGGCUAUCGCCUUCCAUACCUUCGCUGUUCUCGUCUUCCGCUGGCGGCCAGAUGCCUCGCCCAAGGUCGCGUUCGCGAUCCUCGGCGCCAUCUGGACGUUUAUCGCCCUAAUUAUCGGGCUCGGUCUCGGCACGCACAAGGGAGAGGAUUACUAUGGGAAUACCCAAUACUGGUGCUGGAUUACCUCGAGAUACCCAGCGGAGCGUAUCGCCUUGGAAUAUUUCUGGAUGUGGUUUGCAGCGCUGUUGAACAUCGCUCUAUACGUUCCGCUUGCUUUCGUCCUUAAGGGUUAUAUCAUCAUCGACGGGUUAAAGGUGCGCGUCCCGCGGAGGGAGGAGCGCUCCCACUUGAAUAUGACGAGCAGCAACGGCAUGAAGGAUGCCGGACGCCUGGCGAUGGAGAUGCUCUUCUACCCCGCCGUGUACACCAUCACGGUCCUCCCCAUCGCCGUCGUCCGCUGGCGCGCCUUCUACUCCGACGACGUCCCCUUCGCCGCGACCAUCGUCGCCGACGUCCUCUUCGCCUCCUCUGGCGUGCUCAACGUCGUCCUCUUCGCGAUCACGCGCCCCGCGCUGCUGCCCACGCGCGAGCGCCGCGGGGGCGGCAGCUACCCGGACACGACGGUGCUCUCCGAGGUCAUUACGACGUCGCGCGGGCACGCGCGCUCGAUGAGCGAGCCGCGCGACGGCGAGGAGGAGGACUGGUCCGACACGGUCCGCCGGACGCAGUCGUUCAGCCACCCGGACCUGAAGCCCGUCCCGCUCGAGGAGGGCCUCCCGCACAUCCGCCCCGGGACCCCCAUCGCUGUAUGAUUUUGUUGCGGUUUUUUUUUCGGGUUCUUUGUGUACAUUUAUUUCGCUGUAGCCGCCGUCGUUCCCUCACCCACCAUUCUGAUUUGGAUCUAUGUUACGAAACCCAAGAUGUCUGCCUCGUGUAUUACUCUUGCUACGCCCGGUCUACGCUAUUCAUCGCCUACAUUGCUACCCUAUCUGUGUUGGAUAGAAAGAUCAAGCAUAUGCUCUUCUAAUGGAUUGAACCCGCUAUCCCACCAAGAUUUUUGGCGAUAAGGAGAAUUCGUGCAAUAUGCGCCACAUAGCAUGGAAGGUGACGGGAACAUACGAUCCUCAGUUC